AAAUACUAAACAACGUAUUAAGCUUAGAGAACCCCAACCAAUUCUGAAUGUUUAACUCCAUCUAGUGCUGGGUCGGAAAGUGUGACAAUGGAGAACGUAGAGAAGGAACUGCAUGUGCUGAUGUUUUCCUGGCUCGCCAAAGGUCACAUCUUGCCCUUCCUAGAGCUCGCCAAAAGGCUGGCUCAUCAUGCUGUCAAAAUCACCUUUCUUUCCACCCCGUCUAAUAUUUCCUGGAUCACACCACUGCUCUUUCAGGACACAGAGCUGCUGCAGAUCGAUCUUGUGGAGUUAGCGCUGCCCACUGUGGAGGGUCUGCCGGAGGGCGCAGAGAGCACCGCCGACGUUCCAGUCGAAUUGCACGAUUUACUAAAGAUUGCUCUGGACAAAUUGGAGAAGCCUUUCGAAGAUCUCCUCCAAAGGCUUUCACCCGAUUAUGUACUCUACGAUUUUUCACGGUACUGGGUUGCCACCGUCGCCGCCAAGAUCAGUAUUCCCGCAGGGCUGUUCUACAUUGUUAACGCCGCCUUCUGCAGCUACGCUCUUCUACCGAGCAGAUGCAAAGACGACGGCACCACGGUGACUGAACUGACGGCGCCGCCACCGGGAUACCCAUCUUCUGUCAUCGCUUGGCAGCCCUUCGAAGCGCGAUACAUGUUGGGAGUCUACAAUGGCCCGAGAGGAGAAAUCCUACCGAUCCACCGAUGUCUGAGAUCAAUGCAAGGAUCGGCCUUUAUAGCCAUCAGAUCCGCUUUUCCUAUCGAAGGCAAGUUUAUAAGAUUUUUGGAGGCGGCCACGGGUAAGGCGGUGGUUCCGGUGGGUUUUUUGGCGCCCGAAAUUCCCCAUGCGAAGAAGCUUUCUGAGCAAGAGUCCUUCUGCCUCAUUUGUGCCAUGGCGCUUGGUAUAGAGGCGACCGGGCUCCCCUUUCUAUGGGUGCUGCGCUUCCCUCGGUUUUCUGACUGCAACACCCAAAAAUUCUCCGACGAGAAGAGCAAAGUGUCGGCUUUAUUGCCCGAGGGCUUCGAAUCUCGAACAGGGCAUAGAGGGGUUGUGUACACAGCGUGGGCCCCGCAGCUUCAGAUUCUGGCUCAUCAAUCGGUUGGGGGAUUUCUGAGCCAUUCCGGGUGGAGUUCUAUUGUGGAGGCUGUGAAAUUUGGGGUUAAGCUUGUGCUGCUACCGUUGAACAUCGACCAAGGAAUCAACGCCAGGCUUGCGGGCGGUGAACUGGAGGUGGGCGUGGAGGUUGAAAGGCAAGAGGAUGGGAGUUUCACAGACGAGCAGAUUCGAACUGCAGUCGUCAAGGUGAUGAAUGAACAAGACCAGGCAAGGGAAUUGAAGUCAAAAAUGAGUGAGAUGAAAUGGAAGACAUUCGGCGAAGGUGAAAGUGAAGAGAGGUGUAUAAAGGAGUUGAUUGAACGCAUCCGUAUGUGUAAAGCACCGAAUCUGGCAACAAACUGAUAUGACCGAAUCUGAUUAUUAUAGAGUUAUUUUGUAUUGAGAUUAUGCUUAUAAGCUUAGGUCUUGAAAAAGCAGGCG